AUGGAUUUUGGUAAUGUUCAAAGGCAAUUACAGAAGGCCAAAGAUCGAUUCAAGCUAUUGCAAGAUUGUGAUUCCAUGGGGCUGAGAAGAGAUGACCUGCAUGUUGCUAGGGAGGAGGUUCAUAAAUGGUUAGAGAGGGAGGAGAUUAUGCGGAGGCAGAGAGCUAAAACUUUGUGGUUGAGAGAAGAAGAUCAUAAUUCAAAAUUUUUCCAUACUAAGGUAAAUCAUAGACAAAAAGAAUUCAAUUGGAAAGUUACAGCAACAGCACAUCGAGGAAAUUGUGAUUUUUUUGGGUGCUUGGCUGGAAGAGUGACUGAUGAGAUGAAUGUUGAUUUGAUCAAGCCUUAUACUGAAGCUAAGGUGUUUGCAGCUUUGAAGCAGAUGGAACCAGCAUCAGCACCAGGACCCGAUGGCAUGGCACCUUUGUUUUUUCAAAAUUAUUGGCCUAUCCUGGGUAAGUCAGUGUCUAUUGCUAUUCUGGAAGUCUUGAAUUUUGGUAUUAUUCCCUCCUCUAUGAAUCACACUUUUAUUUCUUUGAUUCCAAAGAAGAAGAACCCUGUGAAGGUGGCUGAUUUUCGACCUAUCAGUCUAUGCAAUGUGAUUUAUAAAUUGAUUUCAAAGGUCAUUGCUAAUAGGCUUAAGAAGGUAUUGCCAUGUAUCAUCUCAGAUUCUCAGUGUGCUUUUGUACCUAGUCGACUCAUAACUGACAAUGUUUUAGUAGCUUAUGAGUUAGUCCAUUUUUUGAAAAUGAAGAGAACAGAUGAUAGUAUUAUUUUCUGUAAGGCGGAUGUGGGUGAAAAUAUAAAGAUACAAGCUUUGCUGAAAAAGUAUGAACAUGUUUCUGGCCAGAAAAUUAACACGGAGAAAACUGCAAUGAUUUUUAGUGGCAAUGUUUCAAGGGACAGUCAGGAAGAGUUAAGGCAGCUAUGGGGUGUCUCUGAGGUGCAAAAUUAUGGGAAGUAUUUGGAUCUUCCUCCUGUAAUUGGUUGA